UUCACGCAUGCUCAAAAGCACUUACUUCUCGCACUCAGAGCAACAGUUUGCCAGUUUUAAAGCGUCUUCUCCACGUUCAUUUCAGAGCUCACAACGCGUCGUUGUCUAGGGCAUGAAUGAGGUUGGAAGGCCAUGCAUUAAGACAACCGACAGGGAGAUAUGCGUUGCCUCUACUCCUAAAAAUCGAGUAGCUCGGUGAAUUGCACAAAUCUGACGCUGGCAUUGCAGAUUAUUUUGUGAACGAAUAAGGGCUGUACUAUAAAUUCCUGAAGUGUUAUAAAAUAGCCAUCAGUUGCCUCGUCUCUUUGUGCAUAAAACAAAAUGGGGUGUUCCUCUUCCAGCUCUCAGACCGUAGCCCAAGAGAACCGACCGGGCACCAAACCUGAAGAAAGUAAUGGAGACACAACUUUCGUUGCCCAUAAUGGGAUCAUUGCAGAGGACACAGAGACCAUUGCAGAUCAGAUGCAGCUGCCGGUUCAGAGUGCGCUACCGGAUGAGUUGCUGCCUGGGGCCGUGGAGGAGCCAGUCGUCCAGGCCUGCGAAGCCACAGAGAGUCUGGAGGUGGAGGAGGCAGCCCCCGCCAAACCAGAGCCUGUGACUGCGCCUGAACCUACUGUCGAACCGGUUGCCGAGGAAAGCGUUGAAACUGCAGCUCUGGCCACUGAGACUGUAGAGGCUGAGGUGGCUGUGGAGGCAGUCGAGGCAGUUGCCCCUGCUGAGGCCCCAGCUGUUGUGGAGGUAACAGAGUCGGAGGAGGCCGUGGCCACCGUCGAGGUUGCGGCUCCAGUAGAAGUUGCGGUGCCUGUAGAGGCUGCUGCACCUGUAGAGGCUGCCGCACCUUCAGAAACGGCAGUGCCAGCUGAGGAAGCUGCUCCAGCAGUCGCCGAAACGGCAGCCCCUGCUGAAGCUCCUGCCCCAGCCGAAACUACCCCUAUUGAGGCUGCUGCCCCUGUUGAGGCUGUUGAGGCUGUUGCGGCUGUUGCCCCUGCCGAAGUUGCCCCCGUUGAGGCCGUUGCCCCUGCCGAAGUUGCCCCCGUUGAGGCCGUUGCCCCUGCUGAAGUUGCCCCUGUUGAGGCCGUUGCCCCUGCUGAAGUUGCCCCCGUUGAGGCCGCUACCCCUGCUGAAGUUGCCCCCGUUGAGGCUGUUGCCCCUGCUCAAGUUGCUGCACCAGCUGAAUCGGCGGCAGCUGAGGUCCCAGCAGAGCCUGUAGCACCUGCUGAGCCAGUAGCCGUUGUGGAGCCAGUCGCGGCCGCUCCUGCCGCAGCCACUGUUGAAGCAGCAGCCCCCGCAGAGCCCGAGCCCACCCCCGCCUCUGAACCCACCCCCGCACCCACAGCUGAACCAGCUCCAGUCACUGCUGCAGAGGAGACCAAAGAGCCAGAGCCAGCACCAGCACCCGAAGCUGCCGCCCCAGCUGAGGUGGCCCCUGUAGCAGAAGUCAGCCCCCCGGAGCCAGUUCCAGAGGCAGCCCUGCCAGCCCCCACAGCAGUGGAGCCUGUCGCUGCGGAAGACGCUCCAGUUGCAGCCCCUGAGGGGGGAGUGGCAGAGACAGGAAGUGAGGUGGCCAAAGUGGAGGAGCCAGUAGAAAGCCCCAAGACUGAGGAGACCCCUGCUGCCAGUGCAGAGAACUAAAGGAGACUCGCCUACAGCAAACAUGGUUGACGUGUAGCCCAAAGAAUAAAUGAAUACAUUUACACACAUGCGUGCACACACAAACACACACACCCCUAACAAUAUGCAGACCAUUUGUCAGAAAUGGAAUAAUUACUAAUCUGACACCAUGGUGCCUUUUUUUGCCUGUAAAUCUGGAGCAGUGGAGAUUCUACCAUUUGUAAAUAUGUACUUGUAUUAGCAAUGUAUUUGAAAGCUGAUGAAAGUGCCUCGAGCCACCUGAGCUUUUCAAAGGGAAAAUCGCCAUUACAGAAUGGCAUGGAGGCAAAAUGCAGGCCUUGCAAUGGAAAACACUUCACUCCAGGUUUAUCUGAGAAACUGAAAGUGAAGGCGACUCCCUCAACUUUAUCUGAGAAACUGAAAGUGAAGGCGACUCCCUCCCCCCCUCCCUCCCUCGACUCCACCCCCCCCCACGUACAUAGACCUGUACACAUCAUCAUCAUAAGGUGGUUCUAGUGAGAUUGUGUGCAGUGGUUUGUGACUGUGUAACAGAGGCCCAAGUACUACUACACUCAUGUUUCAUUAUAUGUGAGAAAAACAAGCCAAAAAUUUAACUGUGAAAAAAAAAAAAGAGAAUGUGUUCUGGCGCUAGGCAUGAGAGGCAGGGUCCAAAGAAGGGAACUUUGCCUUUGUGAACGCAGCAUGUUAUUUUAAAUCCUGCUAAUGUGGAAUGUCAAAGUUUUUGUUUUUUUUUGGAAGUGGGGGGAGGUACUCUUAAUCAUUCUGGAAAAUUAAUUUGUCCUUGCAUGUUACUACUUUUUCUAUCUUUCUCUUUGUCGUUUAUAUGUCUGUCUGUUUAUGCAGAAGAACGUUUUGGAUAUUGAAGGUAGAUUGCAUUUUGUAUGGCUGACCCAUUAGAGCACAUUCGGGAUUUGUUUGGUUUCAGACAAUUGCCAUUGCAAAACACUAUAGCAGGGACUGAUGGAAUUCUACAGUUCGUCUUCCACCAUUGACAUACAGUGCAGCCUUCUGGGUCUGGGAGAUCAUCCCUUUCCUGCGAUCUCACUCAAACAGCAUGAACUAUCCAGUGUUGCCUUCAGAUACUGUAUCAGCACAAAUUAUGGACCAAUGUGGAAACAAAGUCUCAAGAAGUUCUUCACUUUCUUGAAUUUGCAUCAGAUCUGCACACCUUUCAUAGGAUUCCUGGUGCCUUUUCUCACUGUGAAUUUAGGUCAUGUUCAUGUACGCCUGUAAAAGCAGGAACAAGUGCUAUCCCCACAUGUUUGUUUUACUGUGUAACAUGCAGAGAUCAACUGUGUAAUGUACUCAGCUCUCACACUAGCUUUUUAGUGUACAGAAUAAAGUUGCUGUUACUAAUAAA